CACCAUCAGAUGUUUUGGUGCCUCUCCACAUUUUCUAGAGGCUGACUCGUUGGAUUUGUAGGUUUGAUAAAAUAUGAUGGCAGAUUAAUAUCAUUGUUAUUACUAUUUUUAUUUUAUCUUUUGCUUUUUACUAAUUUGUUUUUAGUCACUAUCAUUACGGUUUGUACUGAUGCUUGUAAAGUGUAGAAAUACCGGGUGUCUGUGCUUCCAAGACAGAGAGAGGAGCAGAUUUUCAGCAAAUGUGAUGCAGCGAGUGUGAUUAUGUGUUAGUGUGAAGGUUUGUGGUCGGAAUUGUAUGUGUUGUUUGGAGAACAGCUGACUGGUCCUCCGGGGCUGCAGCAGCGCUGGAUGCGAGCACAGCUGGACGAGGAUGAUGAUGGGAUUUAACAAAGACAUCGAACACAGUCGACCCUCGGAUCUCCACUGUUCGCCGCCGCCUCCUCCCCGCGCGCUGUGGAUCACUCACGAGCUGCCGUGACAUGCGUGCAGCUUAACCUACUAAACUGAAACGAAAUACCAGCCACCAGCAUCGAAUAGGAAACGCCGUGCAGAGCGGACAUAUAGUCGGAGUCUUCCUCGUCUUCCUCCGCGAGUCCUGUCUUCUGAUCCCAUGGCUGUGCUGCUGGAGCUUCUUCUUUCUGUACUGCUCCUGUCUCCACAUAUUCCAGCUUCUCCCUCCUGUCCUGUGGGCUGCCGCUGCUACAGCCUCACUGUGGAGUGUGGCUCCACUGACCUAAGGAACAUUCCUAAACACAUUGCUCCUUCCACUCAGACUAUCUUCCUCCAGGACAAUGCAAUUAGUCAAAUCCGUCGACAAGACCUCACUUUGUUGAAGCACCUGCACUACUUGUAUCUGCAGAACAACACCAUCUCAGGGGUGGAGUCUGGCUCUUUCCAGGACCAGGGCCAGCUGCUGGAGCUGGCUCUGAAUGGGAAUCGGAUCCAUCUGGUGACAGCUGACAUGUUCCAGGGACUCGAACAUCUCCGUAUUCUGUACCUGUCAGGAAAUGACAUCACACGGCUUCUUGACUACACCUUUCGUGGGUUACAGCGUCUGCAGGAGCUCCAUUUGCAGCAUAACAGCAUAGAAAUGAUAGCAGACCAGGCCUUGGUUGGUUUGAGCUCUCUUGCUCUCCUGGAUCUGAGCAGAAAUAAUCUUCACACCAUUGGUCCUGCAUCACUACGGCCUCUGGUUAGUCUGCAGGUGCUACGCAUUACAGAUAACCCAUGGCGCUGUGACUGCGCUCUCCAUUGGCUCAGGAGCUGGAUUGAUGAGGAAGGUCAGCGGCUGCUCAGCUCUGCAGAGCGUCGUCUGGUCUGCAUUGAGCCACCACGCCUCUCCCACCUCAGCCUGGUGGAAGUCCCACUCAAUAGCCUAGUGUGUAUUCCUCCACUGGUGCAGCUAGAGCCCAGGAGGCUGGCAGUGCGGCUGGGAGAGAGCCUCAGAGUGUCCUGCCAUGCCUCUGGCUACCCUCGGCCACAGGUGACCUGGAGGAAGGCAUCUCAGGGUAAACUGGUGCACUCUCCCAGAGGCCUGGUUCAGGAGUUUGGUGCAGGAGGAGGUGUAGUGGGAGGACCAGAGGAACCCUCAGAGCAAGGCAGAGUCAGCUUACAGAAGACUGCUGGGGAGCGCUUUGACCCUGACACUGGCAGCGGCAUGCUGUUUCUCAGUAAUGUGACGGUUGCACACGCAGGUUUCUAUGAAUGUGAGGCCUGGAACGCAGGAGGUGUGGCGAGAGUUACCUUUCAGCUCGCCAUCAACUCCUCCUCCUCCUCCUCGAUCUGGGCCUCAUGGUCUCAGGUGUCCUCACCGUACUCCCCUGCCUGGCCCCGACUGAGAAGCCACGGUCCUGCUCUGGGUUCGGAUGUGAGCCGGGAGCCCCUGUACGCUUUGGGCAGCAUGGCCUUCAGUGCUCUGGGAGCAGCCACACAGACCGCCAUCGCUGUGGGUAUCUCCCUGCUGGCUCUGACUGCUCUGCUGCUGGUUGCUAUGAUCUACAGCCGACAUCACCAACGAGACAAGGAAGCAGACGGGGCUGAAAAGCAGGAAGAGAGCAUCCUGUAUGUAAACGACUACUCAGAUGGUCCAACCACCUUUGCCCAAUUGGAAGAGUACCGUGAUGAACGCGGCCAUGAAAUGUACGUACUCAACAGAGCCAAGCCCGUGCUUCCUCCUGCUCCACAAACUGUUAUCUCCACCACUAACCUGGGUGGCCCUGCAACAUCUGACACCUCCAGCCACACCCUUUCUGUGGGGCCAGGACAGACCAUGAGUCCCACUCUAAUUCCCAACAAACAGCAGCAGCAGCAGGACAGCGACAUACGGACCAUGAGGAGAAUGGCAGGGGAAGGAGGCGAAGCGGAACCUGUGAUCCCGUCAGAGGCUGAAGGAAUGUUUCUUAACCACACAGGCCUGUUUCUGGAGUCUCAGAUUGCUUAUGAGAUUCACUGCUGAAGGAUGGUAUGAUGUUUCCAGCACUGUCCAAUACAUCUGAAGAAAUUCAGAAUGCCAAUUCUUUAAUCAGCCAAUAAGUGAUGGGGGUACUGUUCCAACCCGAGGAAUUCCCUUUCUACUCAUGCUGAUCAAACAUGACUGUCUGAUCUGACCAGAGAGGUUCAUGUUGCAGCUGGAGCUCCCAGUCUGCUCUACAUCUAAAACACCAAGACUUUUACAUUGGAAUUCAGUGGGUAGACUGACACUCAGGCUGAGGGAACUGGCCUCAGGUUUCUGCUGAGCAGCAUAGUUUAACCAUCCUGUGCAUGACCGUGAUAUCAGAAAUCUUUUUUUAAUUUGAAAAAAAAAAAAAAAAACAUGCACCAUGUUCGAACUUAAAUCCAUCCACUGGACAACUUUCAGCUCAUUGGCACUUUGAGACUAAUGAAAUCCUGUGAUUGAUUAACAUGCAAGAAACUUAAGAGUAAAAUAACUUUAGUUGAUAACUACAUUUGUUGAUUUAGUCACCACCAGGAAGUACAGUCAGGGUAGUUUGGCAACUAAAGAUCUUACAGGACAAUUCUUCCUUUCAGUCAGACUCUAAAGCUCCAGCCACAAUGAUCACACUUUAAUGAACUGUCGACUUCAAGACAUCUACAAUAAAACAGGGUUCUGUGGCAAAAAAGUGUGCUCACCUCCCCGAGGUUUUCCCAGAGCUGCCCGCUUCAAUCAGCUCUACAAGUUUGUUUCUGGAUGACGGUUUCAAGUCCAGAUAAAAGCAGGAUCCUGGGCAACAGGGUGAGCCUGGACGUAUGGAGUAUAUGAUGUGGAUCUGGUUAUUAUUAGAAGUUUCACACCAGAUUAAUCUGAUAUAUAUCCUCUAAAGAGUGUUCAGAAAGAAAAGUGUGAAUAAAGAACUGAAGAAGACAAUGAGAGUCUGAUAAGAUCUGCUUAACUGACCUCAUGUGUGUAUGUAUGUGUGAGAAAAGAGAAAGAGGAGGGGUGGAUCCAUCCAUCUGAAAAUUGAGGGAUGAGGAACUGUUCAGUCAGAGAAAAUGUCCUUCCCACUUUGAAAUAACUAUAGAGAGAAAUAACUUUUAAUUUGAUUAAAAACCAAAGUACCAAACUUUCCAUCAGCACUCAGCAUGUAUUUGUGGAACUGUAAGUAGUCUCAAAACUCACACAUGCAUUUUUACACUUCAAGCCACAUUCUCACACAGUCAUGUAUUUGGAGUGAAAUUAGUUUCAUAGUGGUUAUAAAUUCAUAUUUCAUUAUUUAAAUGUAUAAACCAUUUUCUGUGUAACUUUGGGUUCUUGUAAAUGUGUGUUUGAAUCCACACACAAAUAUUAAGCAGCAGUUUUUACCCUCCAUCUUACAGGUUUGAUAAAUAUUGUUUUCAAAAAGCUGUAGGUAAAUAAAGUAAGAAAGCAUAUG